GUACAACUACAAUUGAACUAGCAAUAUUUAAGCGUGUGAUAGAAAUUUCAUUUUUUUUUCUACUUUAACAGUCCGUCAGGGCAAAAACUGCAAAACGCCAAGUUUGCAAGAAAUCAAAUUGCUUUCCAAAUGGCAGCUAAAGGUAAUCAUUUCCAACAGAACCGGGUCAUGCAGCAGCAAUUGCGCUCAAAUGUACGUGCCGCAAUUGCACCGUACCGUAAGCCGCCCUACCGGCCCCAGGCCCUGACACAGAAUCAUAUGAUGUACUCAUCCUGCCAGAUGCCCAGCGAUCCGCUCUAUAUUGACUUUAAUACACCGGCGCCAGCACCACCGACCAAAUCCUCGCCGACAACACAGUCCGCAACAGCCGGCAAUGCCGGCUCUGGUUCUGGACAUGCCGAUGGCGGCAAAAGGAAGCAUAUGAAAGGUAAACCGCUUAAAGGCAAACAGUCACAGCAGCAGCAGCAGCAACAACAACAACAACAACAGCAUCAUCAUCAUCAUCCGCACAAUUCGCACUACGCGUCACAGAUGCAGCAGCAAGGUGGGGGCGGGGGCGACAAUAGCUGGCAACCGCAGCCCAAGCAACGUUUCCAUGCUCCCAAUGUGAAUCGCUUUAAUGGACCGCAGCGUAACGGAUACAACAGAGUACAAAUGAUGGGAGGCCCUGUAAAUCGUAACGGCGGCGGCGGCGGCGGCGGCGGCGCUGUUGGUCGUCACAUGAUGGGUCCAAUAGGUCCAGGCGGCGGACCGAUGGGACCACGUGGUGGUCCGUGUCAAAUGCCGCCAUAUCCGCCAAUGCCUUAUCAAGCGCCCAUGCCGCCGAUGCGCUGUCCAAUGCCACCGAUGGGUGGUCCACUACCGCAUCCGCCACCGCCACCGCCAUUUAUGCGUCGCAACGGACGCGGCGGUCCACCACUGCCGCCGCCAAUGAUGGGUCCACCACAUAUGAUGGGAGCACGGAUGCCACCGCGCGGCAUGCCGCCCGUGCCAAUACCGUACAACAUGGGCCACAUGAACGGCAAUCUGAAUGGUGGCAAAAUCAAGAAGCCCAACCCGAAGCUGAUCAAGCAGGUGGUCAAGGGCAAGAGCACAAUCAAGACGCUCAAAAAUCUGGUCAAUCAGUAUCCCAUUGACAAGCCCUGGGUCAAUGAUGAAAUACGUGCCGUGCACGACGCCAAGCUGGACAUCGAGAAUCGCCUGAAGGGCAACAAAGAUGACAAACUGUUCGCCCAGUUCAAGGUGCAGCGCGACAAAUUUGUUUCAUUGUACGAAACGGCGCGCGUAUCGUAUCUAAAACAGGAGGCCGCCACGGUGAUGGCCAAGGAUGCCAAAGACAAAGACAAAGAGAAAAAUGCAAAUUCAAAUCAGAACGCCGCCGCUAAGGUCGGAAUUACAAAAGAUGCAACAAUUCCAACAAGUCCAAACAAAAGCCAAAACCAAAACCAAAAUCAAAGUCAAACCGAAUUAAAUGCAAUACAGCAAGAGCCGGGUCAAGCAGGCAACUAAUGACAACUAAUAAGCAAAAUAUCAAUUAAUUUAAUUGUUCAUUAUAAUUAACUUUCCUUUUGCCUUGAAAAUCAGCUCAAGUCCCUUCCUAAAAAAAAACAAAACAAAACAAAACAAAACAAGCUAAGCCGUGAAAAUACUAAAAAACGGAAACAAAUAGUUUAACAACAAUCAAC